AUGGAAAUGGAUGCAACACUUCCAAGGGAGCCUAAGAGUGAGGUCUGGGACAUGGCCACCUAUACGGCACGUGUCCCUGACCGUGUCACCACCCCUAUCCACAACCACAGACCACUGCUUCCACACAAACGCAAACAGACCACUGCUUCCAUCGCCACACCACCGCAGCCUCCACCGCUACCGCAUCCGCCUUCCACCGUCGCAGCCACCACCGCCGUCGCAAACAGAUCUGCCGCCCGCACCAGCCACGACCACCAUUGCAGCCUUCGUCCACUACCUCCGCCUCAGUCACGGCGACCGCACCUCCGCCUCCAUCGCCUUCACCGUCGUCUGCCUCCGCCACCAGCGAGCCUCCGUUGUAAGCACCACCACCGUAGCCACCAUCCAUUGCGCCACCACCACCACCACCGUCCGCCAUUUCCCCCUCCACAACAGCAACCACCGUCCGCCAUUUCCGCCUCCAUUGCGCAGGUACAAAAUGUUGACGACAUAGUUAAAGAUUUGCUAAUGCAAAUCCAGAAUGGUGAGGCAGUAGAUCCAAAAUAUAUUGAUGGUCUUAAGCGAAGAAAUUUGAUUGCCCAACAGAGUUGGAAAGGCUACUCAAUAAGGAAGGGUCCUAAGUAUGCUCCCAAAAGGAUAAAAGAAGCUACUGACCUCACUCGAGAGAACUUGCAUAGCAUCGCUGAGGACAAAGUUAUAUUCCCUGCUGUAGACACAGAGUUGUCUUUUGCCCAGGAGCAUGCAGAAGAAGAAAAUGAGUUUGUAGGAUCACUAAAUGAGGAGGAUGCAAGGUCUUUUCUGCACAAUAUGCAUAUGGCAGCUCCGGGCAUCAGACACUGCGUUGGUAACACCUUUCACUAGUUGGGCAUGCAAAGGCCGUACAAGAGAUACUUGCUUGUCUUCUAAUGCAACAGGUUGUUGUCCUAAUGAAGAACUGUCAGGAAAUCAAGAUUGUAUAGGCCGAUGUUUUUGUGCCAGAAGUGAAUCUUUUUCAUAUGCCCAAGAAGAUUGCCAAGAAAGAUGUUCAAGUUCCACUUUAGGAGAGAGAUGUGAUCCUUCUGGAACAUGAAUUGGCUAUGCCUUGGUGCAUGAUCAGACCAUGGCAAAAAGACAGGUGGUUUUUAUGCAUGCAAUCGCUAUGAAGCAACAAAGCACGGGGGAGUGGUAUGUCCAAAAUUAUGUUUGGUCACUUUUGGAUGUCUCAUAUGUUUGUUUUCUGGGUCGUUUAAUGCAUUGAUAUUGAGUUAGUUGAUGAUGCUUAAUUUAGUUACCAACUUUUGUUUUGCCUAUUAUUGAUUAUAGUAUGAUGAAUCUGAAAGGAGGAGAGAGAUGACCAAAAAUUCCUUGGACUAGAGUACUAGACUAGUAUUUGGUUGUAAUUUCAUUCUCUCUUCUGUAGCUUUCAAUUAUUUAUAAUUUGGAAUUGUAAACAUUUAAUUUCAUUGAUUCUUUUUUAAACUUUGAAGUAUUGUAGUUUCAAUUGAUCAUAAUGUUUGUGUGAGAAUUGCAGGUUGAAUAUUAUUGUUUUGGUUUUAAGUAAAA